AAAUUCUAGGCUGCUUUCUCAGUCACUUUAAACCUCGUUAUCCAGUCUUUAAGAGUUUCGUCAGCCCGCAGUACAUUCUAGAAGGGGUUGGGGCCAUAGACGAGCACAUUAAUCGUUUUCGCCAAUUAUUUGUAUUGUCAUCACUAAAAGAGUGUAUAAAUUGACGCUAAGCUAGAGAGCAAAUCCUUGAACAAUCGAGAGAAACUGUUUGCCUCCUCCUUCUCGUGGGUUCCGUCCAAUCCCAGCACCGACAGUUCCCUCGUGGUCGCCGACAACUGAUCAAGUGGAGCUCCGAUCUCUCUUUGUAUUACUAUACUCUUGCAUUUACUCCACUCCAAGGUUUAAAUUCUAUUAUCGUUCAAAAUGUUUCGGCUGCCAACAGUCUUACGCUCAGUGGCCUUGCGCCAAGUAUCUCAGGCACGAGGUUAUGCGAAAGAUGUCCGGUUUGGUCCAGAGGUCCGUGCUCUAAUGCUUCAAGGUGUUGACAUCCUUGCUGAUGCUGUUGCUGUGACAAUGGGUCCCAAAGGCCGCAAUGUCAUUUUGGAACAGUCCUGGGGUAGCCCAAAAAUUACUAAGGAUGGUGUCACAGUUGCUAAGGGUGUUGAGCUUAAAGAUAAAUUCCAAAAUAUUGGUGCUCGACUUGUCCAAGAUGUUGCGAAUAAUACCAAUGAAGAAGCAGGCGACGGUACCACUACAGCUACGGUCUUGGCUAGAGCAAUUGCUAAAGAGGGCUUUGAAAAAAUUUCUACUGGAGCCAACCCUAUUGAAGUGCGCAAAGGUGUCAUGCUAGCUGUUGACGCCAUUAUCGAGCACCUUAAGAGUCUUUCCAAGCCAGUUACUACACCUGAAGAAAUUGCUCAAGUUGCCACUAUCUCAGCUAAUGGUGACCGUAAAAUUGGAGACCUUAUUUCUAAUGCUAUGAAGAAGGUUGGUAAAGAAGGCGUUAUCACUGUUAAAGACGGCAAGACAUUGCAUGAUGAACUGGAAGUUAUUGAGGGCAUGAAGUUUGACAGAGGUUACAUUUCACCUUACUUCAUCAAUACUGCAAAAGGUGCCAAGGUAGAAUUCCAGGACUGCCUAGUUCUAUUUUCAGAAAAGAAAAUUUCAUCAAUCCAGUCUAUUAUUCCUGCUCUGGAACUGGCUAAUACACUCCGCAAACCUCUUGUUAUUGUUGCUGAGGAUGUGGAUGGUGAAGCAUUAAGCACACUCGUUGUGAAUAGAUUGAAAAUUGGACUUCAGGUGGCUGCUGUUAAAGCACCUGGUUUUGGUGAUAACCGCAAGGCAACACUUCAGGACAUGGCAGUAGCCACUGGUGGUAUAGUGUUUGGAGAUGAAGGCAACCCUGUUAAACUGGAAGAUAUUACUAAGGAGGACCUUGGUGUUGUUGGUGAAUGCCUUAUCACUAAGGAUGACACGUUGUUAUUGAAGGGUAAAGGAAAGAAGGCUGAUAUUGAUAGAAGGAGUGACCAAAUCAGAGAUCAAAUUGAAAACACUACUUCAGAGUAUGAGAAAGAAAAGUUGCAGGAGAGAUUAGCACGCUUGGCCUCUGGUGUUGCCGUGUUGAGAGUUGGUGGAUCUAGUGAAGUGGAAGUAAAUGAAAAGAAGGACCGUGUAAAUGAUGCCCUGUGUGCAACUCGUGCUGCUGUGGAAGAAGGCAUUGUUCCCGGUGGUGGCACUGCUCUGUUGCGCUGCAUCACUAGCCUUGAUAGUCUGUCUCUUGCCAACAAUGACCAGAAAACUGGUGUGAACAUUGUUCGGAAGGCUCUGCGUCAGCCUUGCAUGCAAAUAGCCAUGAAUGCUGGUGUUGAGGCAUCAGUUAUAGUUUCUAAAGUUGAGGAAGGAAAGGGUGAUAUGGGUUACGAUGCAUUAAAUAAUGAAUUUGUUAACAUGAUUGAGAAAGGAAUUAUUGAUCCCACAAAGGUCGUGAGAACUGCAUUGACUGAUGCUGCUGGUGUUGCAUCUCUUCUUACAACUGCUGAAGCAGUAGUUACUGAGUUGCCCAAAGAAGAUUCACCUGCUGGUGGAAUGGGCGGCAUGGGUGGAAUGGGCGGCAUGGGUGGUAUGGGAGGAAUGGGUGGUAUGGGAAUGUAAAUCAUGCAUUCGCCAUCUCAUGUGCUCCAUAUCCCAUUGUGUGCUAAGUUAAUUGGCCAUCAGUGACUUACUUAUAGCUGGACUGUAAGCGUGCUAUAAGUGCUCUACAUGUGUAGUGUAUUCAAGACUUGAGGGCUUCAUAGGUGUUCAUCGUGCCCUGUAACUAAAGUUAUUUGCAUUUCUUGUUUUAAUUGUUACCUGUGUUUGAGAAGAUCAAAGAAGAUAAUUUAGGCUCAAGUGUAGUAUCUUGCCUGCUAGUCAUAAGAUCUGGAAAAACAGAGCUGGUCUAAACUUAUGAACUUUGUGUUGCUUUGAAUUUAUCAGAGUCUAUUUCCUUAAAAGCUCUCAUGUUUUAGUCAGUCAAAAUAUUUUAACUUUGUUAAAGUGUCACCAGUGUAUGGAAAAUUUUAUUGGACCAAUUUGGUCUUUGUUGGUGCAUUGUCCUUGAACUUGUUCAGCAGGUGUUUUCUCAUUCCAUUAUUGUGGUUUUCAUUUUCCAGAUCUCCCAUGAAUUUCUUUUCAACUUGUACAUAAUACUGCCAUCACCUUAGUACAUACUAGUAAUUCAUACCAUCUCCUGUUAAUUUUGUACUUUGCUGUAUUUGUAAUACAGAGAGAUCAGUUAAA